AUGAGCUAUUCAGGUGAGCGUCGGGGGCCGGGUGAGGGGGGGGGAGAGGGCGGCCGCCUGUCGGGCGUGAGGAUGGGGGGCCGGGUUCCUCCCACCCACCGCGAGUGGGCCAAAGGGAGCGCAGGGCCCGGCCCUGUGUCAACAUCUCGGGGGGUGGGGUCAGCAGCGCUGCCUUUCCCUUCUCUCCUGGCAACGCUGCAGUGACCCCCGUUCCCCGCGGGGGUGGGUUGCUGAGGUGUUGUCGUUUUCCCGUUGCUCCCGCCAAAUAAAGAAAUGGCGCGUGGGGGGCGGGGAGGUUCUUGGACGGUUUCAGGCUGUGCGCGCAGGGUGCGCCGCCCUCCUCAGCCGCCCGCCCCUCGUUGUGCGAAUGUGCGGAGGGGAUUCGGGGAAAGGUGAAUGUCAGCAUUGCUCCUCUGCGCCCGCCGCCUCAGAAUCGGGGUGGGAGGGGAGGAAGGAGGGAUGAAUCUUUGCGUCUCUGCCGCCUUUGCACACGCGCCCCCCACUGCUUGGUAUCUGCGAGCGGUUAUAAUAGGAGUGGGUGUGGGAAGGUGGCGCAGGAAGAAAAAAAAGGGGGGGAACCUUCCCCCGUGUCCGAUCGGUUAUGGCUUCCCUUGGAAUAACUGCCAUUGUUUCCCCCUUGCUGAACCACCAACUAACACUCUUUGGAAUUUAGAAAGGCUAUUUGCCAAAGAGGAGUUGCUUUCUAAAUAAAAUAAAAUAAAAACGCGAACGUGGCAUGUCCACUUGAAUCCUAGCUGCCCGCUAUUCGUUUAGGUUUAUGCAUGCGCGAUGUUAUACGGUUAUCUGAACUUGCGGUGUCAACAUUUGCCUUUCUAGCCCUUUGGUUAUGUAAGUGUGGAACCAAAUCUAUUUCAUAAAAUAUGAGGUAGGCUCUUCAUUAUCAUUAUGGUUGCCCAGCUACAGAUGGAAUUAUAUGUAAUUAAAAUAGUCUGGCACCUGUGCCCCAGUGCGUGUUAGUGCAUACUGAAGACAAACCUGACUGAUUUUUGUCUGAAAACUUAAAAAAGCAACCCCAAACAGUUUGCUGGCUGCUUUGGACAGCUUUGGUGCACUUAGAAGUGAUAGAAAUUCUUCCAUGGAUCACUUGCAAAGUCCCAUAUGUGACAGAUGCAGGUGGUAUUCAUUCCCUCAGCAUGUACCAUGGUCAAUAUUUUUCUCAGUCAUUAAUAUUUUUAUCAAAGGUAAAGGUAAAAAUAGAGUAUGGAGUUCUCUCUUAAAGGUAGUUCUUAACCCUUACCACCCACAUAAGAUAGUAGCUUCUCCCACUUCUCACCUGAGAUCUUUCCUUUCUCCUCCCAGCCUCUCACUCUGGGAGACCAACAUUUCCCUGAUCAAUGUGUUUCUAACUAACCUCAAUUAGUCAUAUUUUUGGCUUCAAAUGUUUGAGUAGGGACUUGAUACUGGAAUGUGAGAAGCAUGGGUUCUGUCCAGCUGCAUGUCUGGAGUUCUACUUGCACCAUGGGACUUCCUCUCCCUCCACAUCUUCAAAAUCUACUCUGGAGCAUCCUCUGGAGGAGAUUCUGAGGGUGGGGGUGAUUGUAGGGGAGAGGAGGGGGAAGUUCUGGUGUGUAAGCAGAAGUCUACUGUGCUAGUGAAAUAGCAGUACUGGAAAUACUGUAAUACUAUAUUUCUGUGAAGUUUUGACACAUUAUCUUUGUUCUGAAAUAAAGAUACUUUAGAUUUUAAAGAUAUGCCUAAUUUGAUGAUUAUCUGAAGAGUUAAUCACUCCUGUUUUGAUUUCAAAUGGGUUAUGAUAGUUAAAUGAAAAAUUUUAUUAGCGAGCAAGGUGCCGGGCUUACUUUGCACCAGGAAUUGAACACCAGGAAUACAAACGAGUGAAAGCAUAUGUAGUGUGCUUCUCACUGUGAACAGAGUGCUCCUGAGUAAAAGCAGUCAUUCCCUUACUUCAACAAAUUAAGAUUGUGGGCAAAAAUGCUGAGCCACAAUCACAUACAUACAUACAUCAAGUAAAGUCCAUUGAACUCAAUAGGUUUACUUCUGAGAUGUGCACUGUUAGUGGCCGUUUGUAGUGGCUAUACAAGUUACUUGUACUGAUUCUGAUGUACUAUAGGAGUUGUAUUCUGUGUCCGCUAAAUGGCUACAAAAGUUCUUGUGCCUCACAAUAUUGCUGUAUCUUCUGAAGAAGUGCAGGUCCCUUAAGGUCUAAUUCAUCUUUCAGUAAAUAUAUUUUUGAUUAAUUAUACAAAUCUAGUUGUUCAGAAUUGGUGUAUUUUUCAUCUUUAGUAAAAGGACUGUGUGCUAGGAUUCAGAGGACUACUGUUCUGGUACUAGUUCAACCUCUUUAUAGGAGAUUGUAGCAGUGAUACAUUCUUUACAGCUAGCCGUUGUAGCUCUUUGCUCCUUGUGGACUUUGAUUCCUUUUAGAAGGGUAGUGUUGAAGUUAAAAGGCCUUAAGCAGCAGAGUUCUGAAUUAGUACCUAAAUAGUAGUUAUUGCUGCUUCAAGGUCAGUGCAUUGUCAUUUAUAGUCUUGGUUUAUGGAGAAGAGGGUGUCUGUUUAUGUGCUCCUUCACACCUUCUGUGGGAAUUCCCUAUUAUCCCCUUUUACCAUGGUUCACUGUUAUGUGAUUGUUAGUGAUUCUGCUAAUGGAUGUUCCAAGGAAAUAAUGCUUAGGCGCUCCCUUAGUAACAGUUACACAAAAUAAAUGAGGGUAGAGAAGGGAUGAUGUGUGAGAUGGGAGAGACAAGGAGCAUGUGAUCCUGUGGCCUACUCCUGAUCUCUAAACUAUAGUUGUAUGUUACAUAUAUACUGGCCUACAAAUGAUUACUCACUCCCUAAUAUUCCAAGCUAAUGUAAAUUAGCAAUAAUCCUUUUCUUAUUUACUUCUGGUCAGAGUGCUUUGAAAUGGAGAUUUCACUGGAUGCAGUUGAACUUGUAAUCCUUAUGCUAUUGAUUUAAACAGGAUUGAUUCAUGACAUUAUCAUUGAGCCUAUUUUUGUCUGUGUAGUAGUCUCCACCAUUCGGGCAGGUGAAGAAGGUCUGAAGGGGAUAUUGAUAUAUAUUUUCAGCAAUGUCCUUAUGAACGCUAAGUAAAUCUGUCUGAGCCUUACUUUUAUUAGACUACAAUAAAGUAAUUAAAAACAAUUAUCCUAGUGUUGUGCCAGUUUGAGAAUUUUCAUGCACAUGAGUAUAUGUGUGCUGUAGAAUGUUUAAGAGAUGACAGAAAUGAAAGAGAAACUUUUAGAUAAAGUUGGAAUACAGAGGGCAAUGUUGACAGGAGGCUGAGGGAUGAAAAAUGUGCAUUUGAAAUGGCUCAAUUUAAUUUAAUAAACUAUAAAUUGAAAAAUGAGGUGCCAUAGGUUACUAGUGGGAUACAUUCACAAGAUGUUGCAGGCUGAUAGGUCUCAAUAGCUUUGUAAUGUUUUUGCUCUGUAUUGCUAAGGUAUACAAACUUCUUGAACCUUCAGAAGUGCUGGAUUCUGCUAUCUCAACAUACCAUACCACCCUUUUCUACGCCCCCCGUGCUGUCUAUAAACAUAGCCUGGGAUUUCCUUUCAGUGGCAGUGCUUGCCAUAGUUGUUCAAGUCUGUGUAACUCAAGGUUAGCCUAUCGUUAUUAGCAACAAGAGUACACACCAGAUGAAAGGGUUCUACAAAAUAAUAUUGUAGACUGCAGAUUAGACCAUGGGAAGUGCAGAUAGCACAUUCCAUCUGUCCACAGAUCAAAAAAAUGUCAAUUACAAGCUGUCAAAUGAAAUGAAGUUAGGUCAAUUUUUGUUAAACUUUUUCCUUGUGAUUUAACUGUCAUUCAAUGAAUAUUCAUGCCAGGUCUGCUUAGUAUUUUGAAUAGUACUUUGGAUAGAUUGAUAAUAACCUUAUAACUAACAUGAUUUUUUACCUCGGGGGGGUAUCUUCUUUCUAGGUUAUGGAAACUGGAACUCUGGCACAAAUAGAGGCAAGUACCAUAAAAUCUUAAUUGACUGCCCAUAUGGAUAACAGUUAAAUCAAAAAGUAAAUUCAGAACUAGUUGAACUGUAACGGUUUUCACAGUUUUGAUGUAUUUCCUCCUUUUAAUAUCUUCUGGCACUCAUGCUCCUUUUAUCCAUCAAUAUUGUUAAGUCAAUGUUACACUUGCUGGCCUUGUCAAUGACACUACUGCAGAUUCUUACUUAUGGCUGAUAUUUGAUCAUCUGUAUGUUUAAUUUGGGCAUUAAUUUAUCUCCUUCCACCUCCCACAUGCUAAUAAUCAUAUUCAUGUUAACUCAGAAAUAGCCCAAUUGCUUCAUUGAGAUUUAUCACAAGAAAUGUGCAUAGCAUUAUAGCUGAAUUCUGCUUGCUUGCUAGCUCUUUUCCAAAUGUUCAAAGAAUAACAAAGCAUCAUGAACUUUCAUAGGAAGUUCAGCUGCAAUACUAUAUAGAGUUUGGGGGGAGUACGCCCCACUAAAUUAAAUGAGAUUACUUCCAAACAACCAUAUUUAGGAUCACAAUGUUAAGCUAUAAUUGUAUAAACAGCAGGAAUUCAACCCCUUGGAACAGAACGGGACGAUUUCCAGUAAACAUGUAUAGGAUGCAGUGUUAGUUUCAAAUUAUGAAGUGUGGGUAUGGAGAUAGUAACAAUGGAGUAUAUAAAUCAUGGAAGUCAUGCUGGGGAUCCAGUUCUGCAUUGUAUUCUGCAGUCCAAUUACUAUUGUAAAUGGCUUUCGGAUGCCUGAUGGGGAGCAAUUCAUAAAUGAAAUAAAUUAUAAGUAGUCAGUACUAUUAGCUUGAAUAACUUUAUUUUACUGGAUGUGAUGAAUUUUCAUUUCCACCCUUAAUCAGUUUUAGUUCUAAAUUUGUGUCCUUACAGUAUUGUGUGAAGAUGAAAUAUGGUGUCUUGCAAUUAGGUUCUCUUCUUAUUGACACUGUUGUGCCACUUGCUAGAUUUUUUUAAGUGAUUUGAGAAUAUUUUAUUGGCUAUCCACAAAUUCAGCAGAUUUCUUAUGUAAAUGAAUAAUUGUAGAUGCUGGGGUAGGUGCUGAGUGUCUCUCCUGAAAACUCUCCCUCCCCCCCGUCCUAAAGAGAGGUGGAUCAUUAUCCAAGGUAAGAUGUGCUGUUCAUGGAGGCUGCCACCUUGGGCCCCUCUAGCAAUCAGGAUACACCUGACGGUAUUGUUAAUGGUGCUAUAGUUGGAGAUAAUGCCAAUGCUGUAGCAACUGAGCCCUUUUGCAGAUGAGAUAAAAAUGAAGGUUGACUUUAGCAGGAAAUUUGCUAUGUGCUUUUUCCAUAGGUAAGAAGAUUAAUAUUUGGUAGGAGUUACAGAAAAUGUUUGUCCAGACAUUUUAGACACAGCUAUAUCCUGAAGAGGAGCAUUCUUGACAGUGAUAAUCUUGCAUUAGAUGCUUAUGUAUGGCAGGCAAUCUAUGCUUACCAAAAAAUUCAGUGACUGCUUCUCAUUUCAGGUUACGAGGACUAUAAUUAUGGAUAUGGAUACAGUCAGGAUAACUCUGGCAAUUAUGGGUACGGUAUGGCCACUUCAAACUCUUGGGAAAUGCCUAAUUCAGAUACAGACAUGAACUAUAACGCAUCCACUGGCACCAGUGCUGAUGUAAUAACAAAAUUUAACAAGCGCUUAGAUAUGGUGUCUCAUCUAGAAACUGACACGAUGCAAGGAGGACAUUAUGGCUCAGGUGGAGACAGGUGAGUGUAGAGACAAAGGUGAAAAGGUUCAGUAAUAGUUAUAGAUCAGGGCAGUUUCUGAAAGACAUGUUGAUCUAAUGUGCUGUUGCCUAAGAGCUGUUCCCUUUGUUCUCCGACUGAUAGUAUUGCUCUUUGCUUCAUAUCUUUGCUGUUGCUUACAGAGCUGGGGGGUGGGGAGGAGACAGAAUUAGCCAAGUUGUACUUCCUCUGCCUUAGCUUUGAAAAUAAGGUGCUUGUACAGUGGUACCUCGGGUUACAGACGUUUCAGGUUACAGACUCUGCUAACCCAGAAAUAGUACCUCAGGUUAAGAACUUUGCUUCAGGAUGAGAAUGUAAAUUGCACCGUGGCGGCAGCAGGAGGCCCCAUUAGCUAAAGUGGUACCUCAGGUUAAGAACAGUUUCAGGUUAAGAAUGGACCUCCAGAACAGAUUAAGUUCUUAACCUGAGGUACCACUGUACACAUCUUUUAGUGAGAAAAGUUUGUUAAUACUGUAACAGUUGAUAAAUUAAUUGUAAUGAAAUAUUCUGAAAGAAUACCAGGUUUUAACAACCUCAUUUAGUUUUGGUUAGGUCACUAAUUUCACAGAGUGUAUGUCAGGUACCAUCAACGUUAAUGGGAUAUGUGUUUAGCUGGUUACCAUAACUUAAGUUUCUCUUAAGAUUUUGCUCCAGCCAACUGUAACAGAAAAUAAGUAAAUAGAUAAUUCUGUAGAAUCUUUCCUCAGUACAUUUCUCAUCCCUAGAAGGCAUUAAUAAAUUGCUUAAGUUAUUGUUCAUACAUAAGGAAGUUUACUUUGGAUUGUUGAAGUGACUGGUGCUUAUUGCUGUUAAGCUGGAUAUAUGGUAUAAAAAGAUGUCAGAAGUAUUUGCUUCACAUUUAUACCUGAGAUUUUAACAGUUUUAGAGACAUUGAUUCCCAGACAGUUGGUGCACUUUACUAGAAUGGCUAUAUUUAGGGUUUUAUUGGUUGACAGUCCUGUUUCAUGGAUGCAUUUCUAGAGAUCAGGUGAAUGAACGAUGUCUAAAUAAAUUGUAUGUGUCAUUCCCUCUGGGAAAGGUGUCAAGGGGCCACUGUAUUAUAACCUGUUUUGUGUACAUUCAUGCAGCUUAGUGGAAUCAAAGCAUAUUAGUUUAACUGUAAUGGGUAAAUUAUGCAUAGCAUUCAGUAUUGCUUUUCUCUGUGUUGUCACUGUUUGUUUACCAGGUUCUAAAAGUAGCUUACAGUAUCAUAGAGCAUGUUAAUAUUUUUUAUUUUAAAAUACCUUCACUUCUCCUUAAUAUCUUACUGAUAUUGUGUCAGUUUUUAAUUUACGACAUUUUCAUAAAAAUAGAAGAUGCAGGAGAUUUACAGAAAUCCUUAAGGGAUUACAUAGUAUCAAAUGUGGUUUUGGUAGUGUGUGCUCUCUAUUUGCACUCAUUAAAACAGCAUCUCUUGCCUAAGAAAGGUAAUUGUUGUAGAUAGUUUUGCCAAAUAGUAUUUCUGUGUUUAAACUACAGAUUUCAUGUGCUGGAAGAGUAUAAAAGUUUAAUCUCCCCUUUGCAGAUACUGACUCAGGUUGUCAGGCUCUGCUGAAGUUGCAACCCUUGCACAUUUGGAAGCCAGCGUGAUGCAUCUCCCUAUUUUCAGUUCUAUCAUACUAGGUGAAUAUUAACCCAGCACUGUUAAUUCUCACUUGAGAGCCUAGGUGAGCAUUAGAGACUAAAUAGCAGGAAACUGAAAUAGAUUUAUAUUUUGUAAAACAAUUUCAUAGAAGGCUCAGCUACAACAGUGAGUAGUACUAUGUUAUAAAUUGGCACAAGAGCUUUGGGUUGAUAGAUGGAAUAUUUGAGCUUACCCUGAUAGCUUUUAGAAUGACACUUUCUGUUCAGAGUUAGUUUUUAAAGUCUCCUCCUCAGCCAUUGUUUCCUUUCCAUGUCCUUGCUUUCAGAUCCUUGAUACAAAGCUUGACUGUUGAUUUUUGCACUUGUGCCCAGUACUGGUUUAUUAAGUGCAACAUGACUUUAUUUUGGUCUGCCAUAGCAAUUGAAACAACAUGCUUUCAGGAAUAAUGUGGAUUUUGGCAUUCAACUUCAUCUUUGUCUCAGAGCCUCUGUACUGUUUUACAUGCAUAGUAUGUAGCUUAAAUUUAAAGUUAUUCUGCAGCUUAUGGAACAUUCUUGUGAAAUUGUGCUGGUUCAAAGCUCUCCUUUAUAGAAACAAGUCAACUUGUUUGUCUCAGCCACUCAUUAUAGUGAGCAUAGAAAAUUGAAUUGUAAGGUGUACUCACAUAUUUUGUCUGCACUGAGCUUUCCUGCAGGCAAAAUGUCAUGUAUAAGCAUCUCUUAGUAUAUAGCUGAUUUCUGCUUUCUUUUCUUCUUACUAAAACCACUUUAUUUUCCAAACUGCUAAUAAUUUGUGGGAACCGACCUUGCAUCCAGUGGCUUCACUUGUUUUGCAUAGCUGAACACCUGAAGUGAUUGGAGUGUGAAACCAGUAAAAGGAAAAAAAUAAGAAUUUGUAUGACUCCCCCAAAUUGAAGAUAUGUUUGUCAAUCUGAUCAGAGUGCUAUGCUCUUUCUAUGAUUGACUGAGGCUAAACAGAACAAGAAUUCUAUGUAGCCUUAUGUUGUUUCCCCCCUCUGUGCCCUUCCCCACUGCUAUAAUGCCCAAGGGAAUAAUUCUCAUACUGAGUUAAAACCUCAGUUGAGCUUUGUUAUUAUCUUGACUCUAGAACAAUUAUGAGAGGUUGUUUCCUUUAAUGUGACCUGUUUUACUGCCAUUUUUGGCAGACACUUUAACAUGGUGCUCUAUAUGCUACUGAUUAGAUUCCUUGCUUGCUGUGCAAUUCUUGCAGGUAUGAUACAUAUGAGUCCUACGACUCAAGGCCUUCACUAAACGACCGUGAUCUGUACAGAUCCGGCUAUGAUUACAGUGAAGCUGAACAUGACACCGACAAUGCCUAUGAAGGCCACUAUGACAACUCCUAUGGGAACCGCAGGGACCAGUACCACAACAGAGCACGUGACAACUUUGGCCACCGGGGUCAGAACUGGGCCAGAGACAGGCGAAAUAACAGACCCAUGGCUUCUGCAUAUUCUGGGCGCAUGGGCGGACAGUGGAAUGAACCGCCAGUGCCAAUGGGAGGACGGGGCCAUGGCCCCAAUAGGCCCCCAUCCCUUUUCUCCCACAAACUAUUCCCUGAAUACAACAUGUUCCAGGGAAUGCGAAGUUUCUCUGGCAACAUGCGCUUUGGAGGAGGCGGCAUGAAACAACGAAUGAGGAGAAACUGGAAAAUGUGGGAUGCAGAUUUUAAAGUAAGUACCUAUGUGAUCUUCUCCCACCUGUUUUCUGCCCCAUUUUUAGGAACAUUGCCCAGCAGGAGAACUACCUAGAACUGAGUGCAAAGGAGUCUGUUUUGUAAUUUAAACUGUUUUAUUAUAGGGAACAUUUUUCUUCUCUGUCUCUUACAUCUGCUUGGCACAUCUUUAUUUUAAGCUGUUCUUUAGGAAUCUCAUUGUCUUCAGUAUGCUGCCUUAGCACCGAAAAGAUUAAUCACUGGAUUUUAGUCAUAUCUAGGAAGUGUGACCUGGGAUUCAUUCGUUCGUUUCGUAUAAAAUAGGUCAGGUCUUAGGUGUGCAUGUCUGUACCUGUUGAAAUGAGUUUUCUUGAGUGUAGAGAACUUAAAAUGUGAAUGAAUGAACAUUUCUUGGUUGGUGAUAAGAGAACUUUUAGACUGUGCAUGUGAGUAAAAACAGUCUUUUCUUUCAAUUCAUAGAAAAAAAGAAUAAAGAAUGAGCCUACUGCUAAUAAACGAAAACAGGCUAACAGUUCUGAUGAGCCUGACAGUAAGGCAGCAAAAACUGAUGGUUCUGACAACUCUGACUCUGAUAAUGGUAAGAGCAAGUCACUGAAGCCUCCUGCCUUGUCUUCUUUUCAUUGCACCUUAGUUUGCCAAUAUUGAAACAUUAAAAUAAUUAAAAACUUUAUUUAAACUGUAAACCAAUGAUUUCAGGAAUAUAAUAUAAAAAUAAGCUUCACAUCAUACUUUGGUUGUUCAGGAAAAGGGUGCAUCAAGACAACCAGAUUUCCCUCAUCAGUGCAGGCAGACAACUUUGUUCACCAGUACUAAGAGUAUAAGAAAUAAAGUCCUUCCACAUAGCAUAUAAUUUUCAGGGUCUUCUGAGCCAUUAGAGACCUUUAAAUAGUGGGUAAUCUCUGAAAUUGCUGUUUGUCCUUAUACAUUUGUAUCAAAUGGUGUUUUUCACCAUUGUGUUAUUAAGAUUCUGAUUGCAGCCCCAGCGUCCAUGUUAGCAGGUCUUUUGAGCAUGAAUUACAGAAGCAGCCAUCCUAGAGAUUUAACUGAGAAACUUGGUGGGGCCAUUACAAUAACACUUUCACAUAUAUUGGAAUCUCCCUAUAAAUGUUAGUCCAAAAUUUAGAAACCAGUUGGCAUUCCAACCAGAGAUGAAUUCAGUGUCCGAUGCCACGUAUGCUAUUUUUUAUUAAUGUUCAUUAAAACUUUUUGUGAAAUAUUUCAGGCUUGCAACCCUAUACCCACUUACCUGGGAGCAAAUAUAAUUGAGCUCAGUAGAACUUGCUUCUGAGAAGUCAUAUAUAGGGUUGCACUGUUACAGUCAUUUUAUAGUCUGUAUUGUUACUUGAUAUGUUGUUCUUUUCAGAAGAGGGCCCUGAAGGAGAAGCUACUGAGAAGGGUUCUAAAAAUGUGAGUCUGAAUUUAGUCUUGCUUCAAAGUUUUAUAAUCCCAGUGUCUUAUACAUAUACGAUAGGAACAAGAGUUACAAAUGAUGUCCUGCCAUGCUUGCCUUUCUGUUUAGGGAGAGACCAUGUACAGUUCCUUUUUUCUGUUGUUCAGAGACCUAGUGUGACUAGGUGAUGAAUGAAUGUUUAAAGAACAAAGCUGACUCAAGGCACUGGUGCCCGAGGUGAACACAAGCUCAUUCCUCAGCCUCACUACAAUAAGUAGUAUAUUAAUUUAAAUUGUUGAUAAUUGGCUCUCCUUUAAUGAUUCUCAUGAUAUGUAGACUGGGGUAACUCAUUCACUUUGCUUUGUGUCAGGUCUGACACUGAGAAGACAUACUUGGUGUUUUUUCAGUUAUUUAUUGAAGAUUUAACAUAUAGAUCUAUUACAAAAUACAUCUGCUUCCAAAUAAUUACUAACAUAAUUUAUUAUGUUGUGCUCAGAUAUAGGAUGGACAGAAAGUGUUAGUGUGCAAAUAGAGAGUGAACCCUAUACGGAUUGCAUUGCUGGCUAUACAUUGUAGGUGAUUGGGAUUGUGCCAGCUGACUCUGCUCCCAUCUGAUGUUAGUGCAUGUUAAAGUUGGGGUUUGUGUACAUAUAGCUCAAUAUAGGUAGGUCUGAUUUGUGUAAAUUGUGUUCCCCAAAUCAGAUCUGGCCUACAUGCAUAAGGCCCCCUACUGUAAUAUGGCAUUCCUUGCACUGGUGUCAGGCAGAUGUAGGGAUAGGAUGGAUGCAGCAAAAGGGGGUUAGGCCAGCUGACACAAUCCCCCACCUUUUAGCUAUGUUUGUGUAUGGCUAAGAACUUAAGAAGGCAUAGAACAGGAGUGGCCCUCCAGAUAUUGGUGGACUACAACUUACAUCAUCUCUGACCAUUGGCCAUGUGCCCUGGGGCUGAUGGGAUUUAAAGUGCAACAACGUUAGAAGAGCCAAAGGUUCCUUACCUCUGGCUUAGAGUUUGAGCAUAGAAUUAUAGUUUGAUCAGUGCAGAACUGAGCGGAGUCCUAUUUCAGUCCAUACUAUCCAAAUGUAGUUAGUGUCAAUUUUCAAAUUUUAAUUGCAGAUCUUAUUAUUUUGAGAGGUUUCAUAGAACAUGAAAUUCUUAAACAAAUUCUGAUGCAGCUACAGGUUCUUUCAUUGCUCACUGUUGCAGCGAAUUUAAAGGAUACUCACAAUCACAGCCUACUAUAUUGAUGUUUCUAGUAAAUGGUAAUUUUGUACUGUGGUUAUGAACAGUGGCUGUUUUUUGUCUAAGCCCCAAAUCAUCUUGGUAGCUAGCAGCACUCCUGAUUACUUGAUGUAAAGGUUAGUUCUACAUGUGUUGUUACCUUGCCUGUAAGCAAGUGCAGCUCUAUGCUUCAUUGUCUUUAAUUACAUUUUAGGAGGGAGAGGGAGAAGGAGGUGAAGAUGAGGAAAGAAAAGGAGACUCUGAGAAAGGUAAGUUCAAAUGUACAUGCAUUAGGGUACUUCUGGUAAUCAUGUUAUUUUUUGUGACAAGAUGUGUGGAAUAUUGUGCAAUUUCUUUCUGGGAACUUGGUGUAUAGAAUAAUCAAAUCACUGUUUGUAUCCUUUGAAUAAUUUGGUGUACUGAUUAAUUCCUUUCUUUCUUUUUGGUUUGUAUCUUUUAUAUUUAUAUUUUUCUUGUUUUGUAUUUUUUCUUUUUAGUUUUGAAUAUUUGGAUGUAAUGUUUAAUAUAUGCUUUCUUUGUAAUUUUUAAAAAUGCAAUAAAGAUUUUUUUUUAAAGAUGUGUGGAAUAUUGCAGGAGAUACGCAUUAUUGUAUUAGAGCAUUUUAUAAACCACUGAUAAAUUCCAAGUUUCAGUUUUUACAUGUUGGUUCAGAACUAACCUAGCAAGUAUUCCCUAAUAAUACAUGUAUCUUGAGUACAACACAAUUAGUUAAAUUUACAAUGAUCAAAAUAUUCAGGUAGAAGAGUUUUACAUUGUGAUGUUAAUUCUAGCAAUUCCCUAGACUAUUUGUGGAGGUAGGCUAUAACUGUUUUGAACUAGUUUCCAGUACCAAUGUGGCUAUGCCUUCAGCAUGCACAGCAGAUCACUUCCAGACAGUGAAAUUAUUCAAAAAUAAUAGCUCCCAGAAGCAAUAAAAAUCUGCCAGUUGGCUAUGCUGAAUAUUGUUACACAUCAUCCUAAUUUCCAAGUGGUGCAAGAUUAUAGAAGUCCAGGCACUUACCCAGUAUUUGUGUUUCCCUUGGAAAUGAGGCACAGCAAAGACUGUGGUUUCUUGGAUAUAUGGUUUAUUUACAUAUGUAUACAACCUGAGCCUAUGGUAAGCGCUUAUAGCAUUACAAGAUGUACUCGCUUCAUCCCACAGUCUUAGAUGCCAGCAGAAAUCAGCCAUGGCCCUCUGUCACCCUGCUCCAGUUUGCUGCCUUUAACAGACUGCCACCUUUUCCCUCACAUCAUUCCCAGCUGCAAUCCUAUACCACUACUCUCCUUCCAACCCUGGCCUUUGUCCUGCAAGCUAGCUAUGACUUGAAGGAGAGGCUUACACCCAUUAGUCCUCCAGCACAGAGUACAGUCAUACCUUGAGUUACAGUCGCUUCAGGUUGUGUUUUUUUGGGUUGCGGACUGCCGAAACCCGGAAGUAGUGGAACGGGUUACUUCCGGUUUCGGCAGUCACGCAUGCACACUGAAUUGCAACCCAUGUGUGCACAGACGCAGGUUGCGAACGUGCAUCCCACACGGAUCAUGUUCGCAACCCGAGUGUCCACUGUAUUUGCUUUGUUAAUCAUCCAUUACCUUCCUUUUGUUUUCCUUGAUGGCUCUUCUCUGAGGUUUUUUCCUGAACUUGAAACUGGUUUGGCCUGUACUACAACCUUUUGCUAAAUCCAGUGUUUGGCACCCAUGUGUUAGAACUGGGGUCCAGGAACCCCACAAACUCACAGAAGGAGGGGUUGCUGGUUUGCUUCUGUACUUAUUUUUUAUUAUAUUUUUGUGCUGUUGAUACUGUAAUUCUAUUUUGUGGACACCACUGAGAUCUAUGAGUAUAGAGCAGUAUACAAAUGUAAUAAAAAUAAUAAUAUAAGCAGCAACACUUAUACCUGGAAUAACCUGAAGAGAAUUCUUCUGUGUGGGAUCAAGCUCAGAGUUCGUCUAAACUGUAACUCACACUUUAUCCUUUAUCCAAUGACCAGGCAGAUUCCUAUUUAAUAUGUAGUACUUUCCAAUUAACCUGUGAGGCAAACUAAAUGUUUUUCUGCUCAUAUAAACCAUCACUGAACAAUUGGUUUUGUGUAUCCCACAGUUGUGUCUCCCAACAAUUAUAUUUGUCUUAAAACUUUAAGUAGCAAUUGUGCUUCCAAGUCUGAUUAAACUCCAGGAAACUAGCACUUUGUGAAUUAUUUUAUGUAUUCAUUUAGAAAAUUUACAGACUAUUUUAUUUUUUAAAAAACAACGAUUCAAGCGGUGUACAGAUAAGUUAUAGUAUGGCCUCUUCAUUGAAGAUAGAUUAGGAACCUGGAGCCCAAUCUUACCCAGGAGUUCAGUAAGGUCCAUGAGUAGAUACUCUUUAAAAAUAAACUGAUCUUAUUCAUGUAGGAGCUAUGACCAUUCAAGAAGAGAUCAGUCAAAUCAAGCGCAAAUUGCAAGCUGGUAAGAAAACUCAAGAGAGGCAAAAAAAGAGGUAUCGUGAUCGGAUGGUGGAAAGGUAAGUCCAACAAGUUGUUGGAGGUUGAUGUUUCAUGUUGUACUUUCAAAAGUUUUUCAAAGGUAUAACAUUUAAAAACAAGCAGUUCUCUGUUUAAAUAAUAAUAAUAAGCCAAUGCCCUUCCAGUGCUCUACAUCACAGCUGUACUGAAGUUCUGUGCAGUCUUGGGGAUUGCUGGUAGGGUUAGAACAAGAAGUUGGAGGGCUGAUGGUCUCACGUAUUCACCAACAACAGUUUCAGGAUACAUGGUCUAUAAAGAGUUCAAUUGGGAAUAAGACAGCAGUGUUGCUUAUUCAAGCACACCUAGUGUAUUGUAGUUCUUUGCUAUAGUAAACUAUAUCAGCUUGACUACAUAAAGGAAACUGGAAGUUUUCAAAUUACUGCUGUGCAGAUAAAAAUAUUUUUCUUUAUUUGAUAUGUCUUAACAGGAUUCAGUUUGUAUGUUCGUUGUGCAAGUAUCGCACUUUCUAUGAGGAUGAGAUGACCAACCAUUUGGAGAGCAAAUUCCACAAGGAACACUUUGCAUUUGUUGGAACCAAGCUGCCCCAGCAAACAGCUGACUUCCUCCAGGUCUGCUUUUUUUCCCUUUGAGCAUUCCAUUUUCCUUUAGAUAUUAACAUGCAAAGCUAGAUGUGGCACUUUGCUUCAUUUUCCCCAAUCCCUCCUUGUCAUUUGGUUUUUAAUUAUUUCAAGUGGGGCAAAAAAUGUACUUUUGGAUGACUGUCAGAGUAGAAAACAUCAGCAUCUCUCAGUUCAUCUGUGCUGCUCUUGUAUUUUUCAGUACACAACACAUCCACACCAUUACCUUAGUUCUUGCUUUUGAGAAAGAUGGGGGAAAGGAAAGGAAGGCAUAGCUUUGAUUGUACUGUAUAGUAAUCCUAGCAUGUUGUGCAUUGGGCCAGGCCAGUAUGGUAUUAUGCACUGUUGAGUAUUCAUAAGCUUUUCUGCAAUGCAGGAGUAUGUUGCUAAUAAAACAAAGAAGACAGAAGAACGCCGUAAAGCAAUUGAAGAUAUUAAUGCAGUUAUACAACAGAUCUACAAAGACCAAGAUCUUACCCAGGGUAGGUGUCUUAAAAUUCAGCUAAAAAGCAAUACAUACUGUUGUUUUCUUGGGUAAAAAUGUUCAGUUUUCAUUCAGAAAACUAGGAUAGAGGAUAGGAAGCAAUUCCGUAAUGUUCUGUGUGAUAGAAAGAUGUCCCUAAAUUAACUUUGCUAUUAGUUGAGAUGGAUAUUGAAUGCCCCCCCUUUUUUUGGUCCUUUGGUACAGUCGAGGGGGGUGCUUAUGUGUGCAAAACAGUCAUUGUGUGUAUGGUAGGAUAGGUACUUUUUUAGAGAGAGAAUUUCCCCCACUGCCCCUGAGGAAUGGAAGUCUGUUAUUUCACCCUCCUAUAUAUAUUUCCUGCUAUCAGAGGUUUCCUAUAGGAAUCCUAUGGCCCUCCAGACGUUGCUGACAGCGUUUGCAACUCCCAUUGUUCAGGCGCAUUUUGCGACAGAGAAUUUAAUUAAUUCAAGCAGUUUUUGAGCUCUGGGUACAGUACUUGCACCUAAGAUUUCAGAUUAAAACUGCCACUGCUGGAAGGAAAGGAGGACCUUUUUCUGCCUCCCCACUUCCAACCACUCUCUGAAGAUUGGAGAAGGGACCCUCAUAAGAAUAUUAGGGGGGCAGGAAGGGGAAGUAUGGCUUUGGUUUUUGCAGCCUUCAAAUGAGGACUAGACCAUGUGAAAAAUGAACAUAAGAUUUUAGCUGCAGUUUAUUAAUUUUCAGCUUUGUAUUCUUGUUAUUAAGAAGCACACCUAGACACUCGGUUGCGGCGCCCAUAACCUAGGUUUAAGGUGCCAUUUAGCUCCUAGUUUUCAUAUCUCAGUUUCUAACACUGGUUACUGAACUACAGUGCUCAUCAUCCCUCACCAUUGACGUGGUGGCUGGGGCUUAUAGGAGUUUGUGUUCCCACAGCAGAUGGCCAUGGGUUUUCCAUAUGCGUUCUACAGUCUGUAAUAUUAUGACUUCUUUUAACUUUUCUCAGACAUAGGUAUGGAACAUUUUGUAAAAAAGGUGGAGGCUGCUCACUGUGUUGCUUGUGACCUCUUCAUUCCGAUGCAGUAUGGAAUAAUCCAGAAACAUCUGAAGUCCCUUGAUCAUAACCACAACCGCAGAGUAAGUGGAUUUGUUGAAUUAGCUGUUCACCACAAAAACACACUGGAGAAGCUUGAACAAUCACUACAUCAUUCAACUUUAUAAUGGCAAAAGCAGAUGAAGACUAAAGCAAUUGAAUAAUUUAGGGGCUUUAAUGCUUAUUUUAACGUAAAUAUUCUUUAAAGAGCAUGCUUAAGAGACUAUAGUAUCUAUUUUAAAUAUAUAUAUCAAUAUAGUAUAGCUACUCUCCUGGCAGUAAUAUAGCCACUAAUGGCAUCCCAUUACUUCCAAGCAGUUCUUUGACUGGAAAUGUAGCUCCUGCUUGGUUUUGUUAAAAAACACACACACCAAAAACCUGCUUCGUUAAAUUUUUUAAGAAGUCUUUGAGUUGCAAACUGAUAAUUUGUUUGCUGAAAUUCAGUACCCUUAAGCUAAAGAACUUUAAAAGUGCAUUGGCCAAUAAAAAUUUUAUGUAGACUUUUUGAUCUGCUUUGUUAAACACUAAUUUAUGAAAGAGAGGUGUGUAUAUCUUGCUUCACACAGUGGGCAUAGGUUGUGGAAUCAGUUGAUCGCUGCAGCUCAGUACAUGUCUCUUUCUUUUGUGUUACCCAGUGUUUACUGGGAGAGGUGUGGUGCACAUGCCACAAACAGACUUACACUGCCAAAUAUAAAUUUGCCCUCAGAUGUUUGGUUGGAUAUUAAGGUUCAGAAUUAACAGUGGAUAGGGUCCGGUGAAUUGACAGGUGAGAAAGCAGAUUUUUUCCUUCUCAGCUUCCACAGUCUAAGUCUAGAGUGGGGAACCUUUUUGGCUCCACAGGCCUGAUCAUUCUCAGGAUCUGCCUUGCACACCAAAUUUGACCUGUCAAAAUCAAUUUUGCUUGGGAAGUAGGAGGAGGUUUGUGAGUCUCCUUCCCACAUUAAAUAGUUCCUGAUGAAAAUGUGUGAAAAGUUACUGUAUUUUGGAAGGCCUGUCUUGGUAUAAAAAAUAAUGAAAUGUAGGUACAUUUUGUGCAGACCAUUUAUUUAUGUAUUUUGUCUUCUAGGCUAUGAUGGAACAGUCAAAAAAAUCAUCAUUAGUAGUUGCAAGAAGUAUUCUUAACAAUAAACUUAUCAGCAAGAAAUUGGAGCGAUAUUUGAAGGUAAAACGUAUAAACAUAAGAACGGCCCACAGAGGGAUUAUGGGCAGAAUCCAAAGUGGCAUGAACGAACUUGAUGCUUGCACUGUAUAACUUCUUUCCUUCUACCUGCAGCCACCAUGCAUUCCUGAAAUCUGCUCCAGAGGGUACCCUAUCCCUCUAAUGUAAAUUUUGAGGGUGCAUGGAAGGCUUCAGGGAAGAAGUGUGUAAGGAGAAGUCUGUUCCACUCACACACAUGUUGGAUACAACUCCCCCCCCAAAAAAAAAACUUUAAAAGAGCCAUAUUACUAUGUUAACAAUGGGAAAGCUUUUAUUUUUUAAUAUUAACUGAGUUUUAAUGUAUUUUCCUCUAAUCUCCAUUUUAUCUCUCUGCUUCAUAGUGCACCCUCUCUUCUCUAUGCCUUACUAUAAGGGCACUCUCAGUUUCUAAGUCUUAAUUUCUCUCUGCAGACCACUGAACCCAUUCCUUUUUCCAUUUCCACAUCUGUACAUGUCUGCACCUCCAACCUCUUAACUUCCCUAUGUUUUCUUACUACAGUGGUACCUCUAGUUACGGACUUGAUCCAUUCCGGGGUACCGUUCACACCCUGAAAAGUCUGCAACUAGAGCACCGCAAUAGAGCACUUCUGCGCAUGCACGAGAUGCGCAGAGCACUUCUGCACAUGGCGAAACCCGGAAGUAUACACUUCCGGGUUUGCCGCGUUUGUAUCCUGAAAAAACGCAACCAGAGACUGACAUAACAAGAGGUACAACUGUAUGCAGUUCUCUGCAUCUUACAGUGGUUUUUUCUGUUUGCACCCAGUUGCUGUAUACACUUUAAAAAUCACCUCUCUCUCGUUUUGAUUUCUUUCCUAUUGUGUUCCCCCUCAAAAUACUUUAUUGAGAGUGGCAGCAAUAGCCCCAGGAUAUCCACCCUAGUGAAGGGUCCACAGAUGCAGAUGGACCAUGUAGCAUGCUUAGUAUGCUGCAGCAGGCUUGAAAGACAUCUCUGAAUCCAGGAAGAGGAAGUGUUAUAUAGGCAUUCUCUCAUUUCCAAUGCAAUUUGGAAGGGUUUCAGUAGGCAUUAUAUGUUCUUGUAAAGAUGUGGGAAAGGGCCACAAAUGAUGGGAUGUGGAAUUUCCCCAAGUAGCUGCAAAUAGAAGGGAGGAGACCACAGUCAGUCUGUGAACUGGGCAUUGGGCACACCUAGACUGUACUCUAUGGAGAGUUUUAACAACUUUUGCAAAAUGAACAGUAAUUGCUGUGUAAAUUGCAAGAUAUUUUUAAACUCUUUAUAAAUUGAUAUGUACCCACCCACUGGAGUGGGAUGACUUUUUAAAUUUGUCACAUCCUGGAGGUUAAAAGAAAUGAGUUUGCUUGUAUAAUGGAGAACACAUUCUUGUUUUCAGAAAGAUUAUUGAGACACUUGUUGGUUGAAAUGCCAUAGUCCCCCCCAAAAAUGAUCAGGGAUCUUUCACUUGUAUCAGAGACUUGAUUAUAUCUACUAGUCAAAGAAAAGGAAUGAAAGUUUCCUGAUUUCUUGUUACUUUUGUAUUUGAUUUUCUUCAGGUUCUGUAGUUUAAAGCAUACCAAAAAUAAAUAAAUUAGUGCAAUAGUCAAGGCCUUAAAAUUAUUUUUAUGUGAUGGCCCCACUCAACAGAAACUUGCUUACCCAGCUAUAUAUUGUAGACUGCUCAGUUCCUUAAAGUGUGUGAUGUCUAAUGCUGGGUGUUAGGUGGUUCUGAUUUGUUUUGCAGGGGGAGAAUCCCUUCACAGAUGAUCCUGAAGAGAAAGAGGAACAUGAGGAAGGUGAGGCAGGAACAAGUGGAAAUAUGGAGGAGGGAGCAGCUGAAGGUGAAGAAAACAAGGUUGAAGAAGAAACCAAAGGUGGAGACAAUCUGGCUGAGGAAGACGUAGUUGAAGAAGGUACUGCAGAAAACAAAGGAAAUGAUGAUGAAGAACCACCACCAGGACAAAUGGAAGAGCAGAAUUUGAACACAUCCCAGGAAUCAUUUGCUGCUGAGCAGGAGCAAGAAUAUGAUGAAGAAGAAGACAAAGAAAAAGAAGAAAGAAAAGGAUUCAUACCUUCAGAGGAUAUGGAACCACCUGAUGAGUGA